AUGUUGCCGUGGCCUCUACGUGAUCCUUAAUCCGGCUUUCUACCGUAAAAGGCGUAAUAAACUCAGUACCCUUCGUCUUGCCUUUCGGCGAGGAAACGUGUCUAUGGCUAAAAAGCUACUUGCGGCCGGUGCGAAUCCAAAUCGAAAUAUAGCCCAUUGCCCGAUACUAGAGAAUAAUCUACGCCACCGGUAUAAUAGACAUCAUCUUGAGCAUAUGAAUGCACAGCAACUGGUCGAGGACAUAGAGCGAUCUAACAAGAGAAGAAAACCCAAAGAUUGAUUAGAGUUAAUAGACUUUACACUUUCGAAUCUAAACACGCCAUUGCAUUAGGCCGCCGCUGAAGGUUGGGUUGAAAUGCUCUUAAUACUGCUAGAGCACGGAGCAAAUAUUAACGCUCUCUCGCGGAGAUUCUAUGCAUGUGAAUACGAAUCCGGUGAUACCCUAGGCGCACCAUGGUGGACACCUCUCCAUACAGCCAUAUGUCAGGGGCAUGAAUCGUUAGCUGCCCUCCUAGUGGUCAAAGGCGCGUCACUUCAAGUUGCAGCGAGGGCACUAGGUUCUUCGGACAAAUAUGUAUCAGCUUUGCAUAUAUCAAGCCAGGUUGGGAAUAUCAGACUUUCCAAGUUCAUCAUAAAACGGUACCGAUGUUCAAUCGAUAUCGAAGACCACAACGGCAUGACACCAGUAGCUUGGGCUUAUGAAGCACACCAGAUGGGAAUGGUCGAGUGGCUCGUCAAAGGAGGGGCAAAUGUUAAUGCCAAACUUGUGAGCGACCGUUCGUUACUAUUGGACGCAUGCGCACAGGGGCGUUUGGCUCAUGCUCUCCUUCUGCUUGAUUUGGGUGCCGGCCCUCUAUGUUCCUUCGACGAUAUCAAUCCAUUACACUAUUGCUGUGAUAAGGACAUAGCAAUGAAGACGGACGGGGAAGCUGCUAUCGAGCCUUACGAGAUCAAUAACCUAAUGCCGCUUGCGAAACGCCUCGUAGAAGCUGGGGUAGAUGUCAAUGCGGAAAGGGGGCCAUAUGGGGAAACCCCUCUAGCAAUAGCGGCGGCUCGGUGCUCAUUUCUCCUCGUAGAAUACUUGCUUGAGUCCGGAGCAAAGGCCGAGACUAGGGAUCAAAAUUACAGGACUCCGCUCAUGCACACAUUUACCCUUUACAAUCAUAAAUCAGAAUAUUGGCUCCCAACAGCGAAAUACCUCCUCGAACACGGUGCGUCAGCAAACACCGUAGAUAUCUGGGGCGAGACGCCUUUAGAGAUGUUAUGCGGUUGCAGGCCGGAGCAUCCUGAUAAAUUUGCAUUGAUAAAGCUACUCAUAGAUCAUGGUUCGCCUAUAAACGCCACCCGCAAUCCCGAGAGAUCUUUCAUAUAUUCGAUGUUCAUGCAAGAGGAACUGGAGAUUGCCGACUUUUUCCACAGAUUUGGCACGAGGCACCCAUCGAGAACGGAAAUAGCCUCAAUGGUGACCGAAGCGAUUCGAGCUGAUGACCCCGAAGCGUUUCGAUUUAUCCUCCGUUUUCAGAGUGCUCCAAAGAUAAUAGGUCACAAAACUCGACUUUUCAGAGCAUUGGAAUUAAAUAAACACGGAAUAGCUGAUCUCAUCUUUGACGUUGGCGCACCGUGGACCUAUGCCACUAAGACUGGCUGGUCUUGUCUACUACAUGCGUGCAGGGGCGGCAACUUUGGCGUGAUUCAGAGGCUGUUACAAGCGGGUGCUGAUCCGAACUGCGCAAAUCGUGAAGGGGACACCCCGCUCUACUUCGCCGCUCGACUCGCGAAUACAGACGUCCUCGAAACUCUGCUGCAAUACGGGGCUGAUCCCUUCUACCCAAUAGCAAUGAAAGGCACCGGUCCUUUUAAUGGGUUUCAAGAGCUGGUUAAUAAAAGACGACUCGCCCUUAUCAUUUCGGUUCUAAGUCGUUGGCUCUUCGCCAGAGCCUCGCGGGAAGCACAAGGACAAGCUCUCUAUGUAAUCUGCGAUCGCGUACCAGAUUCGUUGCCAAUUCUUAACAACCUCAUGAGAUGGGGAGUCGGCCCGAACAUUCCCAUCUCCUUCCCGAAAAAGGGGUGCAUGUCGGCUCUCUCUCUUGUUGCCAAUAAGGGCUGUCAGGAAGCUGUCGAUCUGCUGCAGUUGUAUGACGCUGUCUGGUGAUGUAUAGGUGUAUCUAGUUAACCGUGAGGUUAUAUCACACGUGGAAGAACGUACGCGGAUGUUUCACUUUUUUGUAUUUUGGGUUGUUAUUUCUCCUUGCUGUCACUUGGGAGGGGAAAAGGAACGGGUGCGAACGACGGGGUUUGAGCUCGGGAUCCUCAACAACUCGGAGCUUCUAGGCUAUCUAAAAAUUGGUUGGCAUUUUAAAGGUUUGGAAUGGGUUAUGACUUGAAUGAUAGGGAUCGGCUGGUCCUGUCUCUAACUUCUACAUGAUGUAUGUUAUAUGAGGUCUUCACAUUGAGUUACUUUUUAUCUAGCAGAGUAUUCCCCCACCUUGUUUACGUCUUUUAU